UGUGUUGUAAACCAGUGAAGUGUUGGUGUGUUGACUGCCAGCUGUACCACAAUGUGUACCAUAAUGUUGAAGCACUGGUAGGUACAGUAUUAGUGUUUGGUGUAGUGUUUUAACCAAUGCUAAGGACAGACAGUUUGCAAGAGAAAAGUUAACCAAAACUUAUUCGGCAUUUAUUAGUAAACUAAAGACUGGUCUCCAAUGUUACCGAUCUAUUCCAAUGACAAGGAGUACAAAGUUACGACCACUUUCCGGAUCAAAGAAAAGAUCAACGGAUGGCUUAGGUUAAUAUUGUCGGACACGAACUCAAGAAACUUAUUUCUCUUCUUGUUAUUGAAUCUCUCAUUCGCUUUUGUGGAGCUUUCUUAUGGCAUUUGGACGAACAGUUUGGGUCUCAUAUCGGACUCGUUUCAUAUGUUCUUUGACUGUACGGCACUGUUAGCAGGUUUGGCCGCAUCUGUGAUUACAAAGUGGAGAUCAAACGAGAGAUUUUCUUACGGUUAUGUGAGGGCAGAAGUGAUCGCUGGUUUUGUCAACGGAUUGUUUUUGUUAUUUAUUGCAUUCUUCAUAUUUUCCGAAGCCGUCGAGCGGGCCAUUGAACCGCCAGAAGUAAAACACGAGAGACUAUUCCUUAUAUCAGUUUUGGGUUUACUCGUGAAUUUGGUCGGCAUAUUUGUCUUCCAACACGGGGGCGCACACGGGCAUUCACAUGAAACCGGUGGACACUCGCAUGGCGGUCAUUCUCAUUCAAAUCAUUCGCAUAAUGGCCACUCACACGGUGGUCAUGGCCACAGUCACGAUGAAGGUGCCGGUCAUCAGCAUUCCAAUAGUGGUGGUAACGGCGGAGUGAAUCAUCGGCAGAUUAUGCAGGGAGUGUUUCUUCAUAUAUUAGCCGACACACUGGGAAGUGUUGGUGUGAUAGUAUCUGCGAUUCUUAUGAGUUACUUUGGUUGGAUGAUUGCCGAUCCCAUAUGUUCUAUGUUUAUCGCAACUCUGGUUGGACUCAGUGUUUUCCCGUUGCUCAGGGAUUCCAUCGGUAUUUUAAUGCAACGGACACCCCGAGAGUUGGACGCAAUGUUACCGGCAUGUUAUCAACGGGUAAUGCAAUUGGAAGGUGUGCUUAGCAUACAAGAGCCACAUUUCUGGACACUUUGUUCAGAGACAUACAUCGGGUCAGUGAAGGUGGAAGUGUCCAACAGUGCCGACCAUCGAUAUGUUUUAAGCCAUACACACUCUAUAUUUGCACAAAUAGGUGUCAAACAAUUCUAUGUUCAAAUAGAUUUUGCUCCAAUUUGACCACAUUUUUAGUAUUAAAAUUUUUUAAA